AAGAUGGCAUGCCCCUUCCGGCCGAUCGAGCUAUUGUCGAGGAUGGAAAUCUAACAUUAACCGGUCUAAUUGAACAGGAUCGUGGAAUUUACGAAUGUGUGGCCACAAAUGAAGCUGCCACAAUAACCGCCGAAACCGAGUUGAUGAUAGAAAAUAUUGCCCCCAGACCACCCUAUAAUUUGACAGCCAAUAGCACGGAGACAUCCAUAACCAUAAGAUGGCAACCAGGAUAUUUGCGACCCAAUCUCGAAUACACGGUCUGGUAUCGUCUAACGGCUGCCCAGGAAUGGCGUACAAUGCGUAUCGUCCAGAAGCAUGUCAUGGAGGCCACCAUUCCGCAUUUGUUGCCCGGUCGCGAAUAUGAAUUUAUGGUAUUGAGCCAGGAUAAAUAUGGCGACGGCAUGUUCAGCAAACCCUUUCGAUACCCAACACAACCCUCAUCGAAAGUUGCCGAAUCGGACGAUGACAAUGUCGAAGGCGACUUGUCGUCUGUGCAACAAUCCCAGCAACGUGUUAACUACCAAUCACCAAGUGGUGGUGGCGGUGGCGGUGUUGGCAGCAGCGCCGGCAGCAGUAGCUUCCUAAGUGCUCCAUGGAAUUUAAGUGCCAUUAAUAACCAACAAGGAUGGCUCUUACACUGGGAACAUCCACUUCAUGGGAUCGAUGCGUUACGCCUGUACACGGUACGCUGGUGGAAGGAGCCCGAACAUCAUCUGGUCGGCACGGUCGAAACUUUUGACAACUUCUAUCAGCUGCGUCAUUUGAAGGAGGACUCCACAUUCACCAUCCAAGUGUUGGCCAUUUCGAACGAUGGCGCCCAAGUGCCCGGCUCGGAGUUGAUCAUUGAAGUGCCAUCGCAUCGUAAAAUGCGAGCCCUCCUAAUUGGCAGCACCAUUGGCAUUGCGUUCCUGGUGUGUGCCCUGAUCGCCUUCCUCUAUGUGAAGCGCAAUUGCCUGCGUCAUUUGUUCAGCGGCAAUGUGGUCGACGAUGGCGAUGAUGGCGGCAGCACCAUUGAGGAUGGCGGUGACAGCGAUUGCAAUGGCCAUGACAUAGAGAAGAUACAUAAUACCUGAGUGUACGAGAUAACGUGGCGGUUUCGAAAUUAAUACAUACCCGAACAGAAAAUCAAUUAAUUGUGAAAACGACGGCUCAUGUUUUUUGUUUUCGAAUAUUCCCAGUCCAUUUCAGCAGCAGCGGCAGCAUCAACAUCAUAAAUCCAUUUCCAUCAGUUUAUGUUUUUUUUUCGAAUCCAUACAAAAAUACACAUAUCCACACACACAUACACACUCAAAGAAGAAAUAUGCCAUCAGCCUCAAUUGAUUUUGUCAGCCAGCCAUCCAGCCAUCCAGUCAAUUGUGUCCUUGCAGCCAUUUUCAUAUUUGAUUAUCAACCGUCGGUAGGCUGGACCAUCGAACCACUCACUCACUCACAUCGCUCCUUUGUAUUAUUCCACGGAUGCCACGUUAACGUUGUUCACUAUUCAAUACGAUACGAUUCGAAUCGAUUCGCUGCGAUUGCCUUUUGUUCCACCUUUCGUUUUCAGUAAGUUUGCCAUUUUUUAAAACCAGAAGAGAGAUUUUAAGUCCAACUUCGCUUGGGCCGUUAAUGCCAACAAUACCCAAAUAGCUAGCCAGCCAAACAGCAUCAAACCAACAACCGACCGACCGACCAAAACCCAACAAAUAUUCUGCUUUGUUUUUGUAUUUAUUAUUAUUUUUUUUAAUUAUUAUUGUAUUCUGUAGCAAUUUUAAAAAUUAAGAUUGAUUUUAUGAAUGGAUUCGUGUGUAGCAAAUAAGCCCAGAAAAUUAUUAAUUAUUUAAGGUUAUUCCGUAAUGAAUUCGAAACUAAUUUGAGUCAAAUAAAAAUGAGAAAUUUUAACA